GGCUGGACGCUGUCCUGGACAGAAGAAUUCCCUGUAAAAACCAUAUCAGGUUACAAGAAAAACAAGAUUGCCGCUUAUUCCUGCCGUUGAGUCGGAGACGACGUAUUUACAGAUGGGACUGACCUUGUGCCUGUUGACGGAUGUUUGUUUGCAGAGCUGCCGAUCGCUCUUCUAGUCCGAGGGGAAAAUUCCAACCGUUUGCAGAGCCCGAGGAGUAAAAAGAUCUUUCUUUCAGUAGUAGCUUCGAAAAUGAAGGUCAGAGGGUUCAGCUGGUGAAGAAGAACCGAACACCUCAAAGGGUCAACUCUGAUUUCAGACUGAGGCAAGAGAGGAGGAGGAGCAUUUAGAGUGGUUUCUUCUGAAUGCAGCUGCUUUUGGUUUCAGAUCUCGGGAUCUUUCUCGGUCGCUCCUUUAAGAUACAGUAUCUAAAGGCAUUUGUGCCUGAAGCCACGGAAGAUAGAUGGACAAGCCAAGCAACUUCUGACUCUGCAUCAUUUUCUGGGGCAAAAUUAUAUGGCAAUGUAUCCUACAAGGGUGUCCGGUGAGGAAUGCAAUGGGAUCAAUAGCAUGUCGGCGGAGAGCGGCCCUGGAACGAGACUGAGAAAUUUGCCGGUGAUGGGGGAUGGACUAGAAACCACCCAGAUGUCUACGACGCAGUCACAGGCUCAACCCCAACAAGGCAGUGCUGUAGGCGUCAAUCCCCCUCCACCGGAGACCUCCAACCCCAACAAACCCAAGCGCCAGACCAACCAGCUGCAGUAUCUGCUCAAGGUGGUGCUGAAGACGCUAUGGAAGCACCAGUUUGCGUGGCCUUUCCAGCAGCCCGUGGACGCCGUCAAGCUGAACCUCCCUGAUUAUUAUAAGAUAAUUAAAACUCCGAUGGAUAUGGGAACAAUAAAGAAACGCUUGGAGAAUAACUACUACUGGAAUGCUCAAGAAUGUAUCCAGGAUUUUAACACGAUGUUUACAAACUGCUACAUCUACAAUAAGCCAGGGGAUGACAUAGUCUUAAUGGCAGAAGCUCUAGAAAAGCUUUUCCUGCAGAAGAUCUCCGAAAUGACCCAGGAGGAAACGGAAAUCGUUAUAGCCCAGACGAAGGGAAGAGGACGCGCGAGGAAGGAAGCAGUGACAUCCAAGCCAGGAUCAUCCACGGUACCGAACGCAACCCAGGCGUCGUCCCCGGCGCAGACACAGGCGCCGCAGCAGAACCUCCAGUCGGUGCAGACGACUCAUUCCUUUCCUUCCGUCACCCCCGACCUCAUCGUCCAGACCCCGGUGAUGACGAUGGUGCCUCCUCAACCUCCUGCGCCGCCUCCGUCUGCUCCCCAGGCCCCCGCGCCGCCCGCCCCAGCUCCCCAGCCCAUCCAGCCUCACCCUCCCGUUAUCCCAACGCCCGCCCAGCCCGUGAAGACGAAAAAAGGGGUGAAGAGGAAAGCAGACACCACGACACCAACAACCAUCGACCCAAUCCAUGAAUCGUCAUCGCUGCCCACCGAACCCAAGUCCACCAAGCUGGGUCCACGCCGGGAAAGCAGCCGCCCGGUGAAGCCUCCAAAGAAGGACGUUCCCGACUCUCAACAACACGUGGUAGAAAAGAGUAGCAAAAUAUCCGAGCAGUUAAAAUACUGCAGCGGGAUCAUCAAAGAAAUGUUCGCCAAGAAACACGCUGCCUACGCCUGGCCCUUCUACAAACCUGUGGAUGUGGAAGCACUGGGACUGCACGAUUAUUGCGAUAUCAUUAAACAUCCCAUGGAUCUGAGCACAAUCAAAUCUAAACUGGAGAACCGGGAGUACCGAGAUGCUCAGGAGUUCGCGGCGGACGUGCGAUUGAUGUUCUCCAACUGCUACAAGUACAACCCCGCGGAUCACGAGGUGGUGGCCAUGGCACGGAAGCUGCAGGACGUGUUCGAGAUGCGCUUCGCGAAGAUGCCGGACGAACCAGAAGAACCUGUGAUUCCAGCUUCUUCUCCCGUGGUGGUGCCACCUCCCACCAAGGUGGCUCCCCCUUCCUCUAGCGACAGCAGCAGCGAUAGCUCCUCCGACAGCGACAGCUCGUCGGACGACUCGGAGGAGGAGCGAGCUCAGCGGUUAGCAGAGCUCCAGGAGCAGCUUAAAGCAGUGCAUGAACAGCUUGCAGCCCUGUCCCAGCCACAGCAGAACAAACCAAAGAAAAAAGAGAAAGACAAGAAGGAGAAGAAGAAGGAGAAGCACAAAAAGAAGGAAGAGCUGGAAGACACCAAGAAGAGCAAAGCCAAGGAGCCGCCACCCAAGAAGGCCAAGAAAAGCAACAGCAACAGCAGUACCUCCAGUAGUAAGAAGGAGCCUGUGACGGUGAAGAACAGCAAGCCCCCUCCAGCCUACGAGUCUGAGGAGGAGGAGAAGUGUAAACCCAUGUCCUAUGAGGAGAAGAGGCAGCUGAGCCUGGACAUUAAUAAACUCCCCGGUGAGAAACUGGGCCGAGUUGUCCAUAUCAUCCAGUCGAGAGAACCCUCGCUCAAAAACUCCAAUCCCGACGAGAUCGAGAUUGACUUUGAGACAUUAAAACCAUCCACCUUACGGGAGCUGGAGCGAUACGUAACGUCGUGUUUGCGGAAGAAGAGGAAACCUCAAGCGGAGAAAGUGGAUGUAAUUGCUGGUUCCUCUAAGAUGAAGGGGUUCUCCUCCUCCGAGUCUGAGAGCACCAGCGAGUCCAGCUCCUCCGACAGCGAAGAUUCAGAAACAGAAAUGGCACCGAAAUUGAAGAAAAAAGGGCAUUCGGGGCGAGAGCAAAAAAAGCAUCACCAUCACCACCAUCAACCGGCGCAGCAGCAGCCGCCGCCGCCGCAGCCGCCGCCGCCGCCGCAGGCGCAGCAGCCCCCGCCGCCGCCGCCGCCGCCGCAGCCCCUACCGCCGCAGCCCCUACCGCCCCAGCAGCCCGCGCCGCCGCCCCCGCCGCCGCCGGUCCCCCAACAAGCCCCUCCGCCAAUGAAGUCUUCUCCGCCGCCUUUCGUCCCCGCGCAAGUCCCCGUCCUGGAGCACCCGCUGCCGGGGAAUAUGUUCGACACCAUGACGCAUUUCACCCAACCCAUCAUGCACCUCCCGCAGCCGGAGAUGCCGCCCCAUCUCCCCCAGCCCCCCGAGCACAGCACUCCUCCCCACCUCAACCAGCAUGCCGUGGUGUCUCCUCCAGCUUUGCACAACGCUCUGCCUCAGCAGCCCUCGAGACCCAGUAACCGAGCCGCGGCGCUACCCCCGAAGCCUUCGCGUCCGCCGGCCGUCUCGCCGGCCAUCAGCCAGCAGCCCAUGCUCCCCCAGCCGCCUCUGCCCCAGCCUCCCCAGGUCCUGCUGGAGGACGAGGAACCUCCUCCGCCGCACCACAGCCUGCCUCUGAGCACCAGCCAGAUGCAGCUCUACCUUCAGCAGCUGCAGAAAGUGCAGCCGCAGACUCCUCUUCUCCCUUCAGUGAAGGUCCAGUCGCAGCCGCAGCCGCCCCUGCAGCCGCCGGCUCACCCCGCGGUGCAGCAGCUGCAGCAGCACCAGCCGCCGCCGCGGCCCAUGCACAUGCAGCCCAUGCCCUUCCCAUCCCACAUCCCCCAGCCCCAACCGCCGCCGCAGCAGCAUCCGCCCCCGCAGCCGCCCCCGCCGCCCCCGCCGCCGCAGCCGGCCAAGCCGCAGCAGGUCAUCCAGCACCACCCGUCGCCGCGGCACCACAAGCCUGACCCCUACUCGACGGGUGAGCGGGCGGCGGGGGCGGCGGUGGAGCCUGCGGCGCGAGCCUGGUCGCGCUGCGCGAGGAGUUGGGGUGCGGGGCGGUUUCCGCGCGUCCUCGGAGCUCCGGAGGAAGCCCCGGUCAGCCCGAGCCCGGCCUGACCGCCCGGCCCGGCCUCUCUGCACCUCACGCCCUCAAAGACCUGAGGACCUCAAGUGUUGGAGGAUCUCAGGUGCUUGAGGGGCCCGGGGUUUUGAGGAGCUGGAGGUUCUCAGAUCCUCAGGGAUCUCAACGAUCUCAAAUCGUUGAGUAACUUCAUCUCAAAUCUUGGAGGAGCUCGUCGUGAAGCUUUCGAGGACCUUGAUCUCGGCGAUCUCGUUUUCGAGGAUCUGGAGGGUCUCAGGCUCUUGAUCUCAUUCGCAGAUCUUUGAGGAACUCAAGGAUCUCCUGUUUUUGAGGAUCUCAAGUGAGGGUCUCGUUUCUGAGGAUCCUGAGGUUCUCACAUCUUUGAGGAACUCGAGGAUCUCAAGUUUUGGAGAAAUUCAACCUCAGAUCUUUGAGGAUCUCAGAGUUCUCAAGUUUUUGAGGAACUUGGGGAUUUCAUAUCUUUGAGAAACAACCUCAGUUCUUUGAGGAUCUCGAUCUUGGGUUUUUGAGGAACUCAGGCUCGUAUUUGAGGAACUCGAUCUCAAAUUUUUGAGGAACUCAAGGUUCUCAAAUCUUGGAAGGCCUCAGGGUUCUCGAGUUUCUGAGUCUUGGCGCAGCUCUGAUGCUGGAAAGCGCUGCCCUUGCAUCCGUUGCCAUCCUGGCUGGGUGCCGGCGCUGGGCGGUCUCUCCGGAGGAGUCCGGGGGUUUGCUCCCCGCUCUUGGAGGAGCUCAGGGCUGUGGAUGCCCCGUGGGGGUUCCUGGCAUGGUUUGGAGCGUGUCUCUGAUAACGCAGCUGAUCAGCUGCCAGGCGGAGAAGGGAUGAGCUGGGGGGAAACCUGGUGUGUUGCCCCCCAGCUGCCCCAGAGAUCAAAGGCCGCGGGGCUCGGCCUUCGAGUUGGGAGAUCCCAGAUCAUCACGGUGGCCGGGGGCUCGGCGGUGCCACCACUGGCGCUGCCGGUGGGGAACGUGUCCGGCCAGCGUAACUCCGGCCGUGGUGUGCUUGUGAGACCGGGCACCCGUGAAACCUCUCUGGCUCGGGGAGGUCUCGCUCCUCCUUUUGCUUGGCCACGUGGUUGCCCAGACUGUGGCCCAUCGGGUCUUUGCUCCUAAAGUCACCGUGCUCGGCCCUGCGUGGGGGCGUAGGCAGGACGAAACCCCUGGAUUUGGAGGGAUGGAGCCGGCUGAGGGCAGGCAGCGCGUGGCGAUGCUUCUCCUGCCUGCGGAGCUGCUGCAGGCAGCUCGGACGUGGUGCCCGAGGUGGCAACUCGGGCGCGAUGCCCGAGACGGAGCUGCCUGGCUCCUGAAAACCUCCCGUUGCCCCUGGAGCCGACGCGUCCUGUCUCUCUGGCUCUGGGCAGGGAGAGAUACAGGCAGGGCGGUGCCGGCGCUCGGGUGUCCCGGGGCAGCGGUUGCACAGCCGGGGAGGUUGGCUGGGCCCCCAGGAGAAGCAGCAGGAGGCGUCGAGUUGUUGGGGGGACACCACAAACGAGCAUCUCCGAGGCAGGACAAGCCACCACCCAGCCUCGGAGCAGCUUCUGCUGCCCGGCGUUCGCUCCCGGCUGGGAGGAGGGUGCCCGGGGUCCGCUGGGGACAUCCCAGGGC